UGUUAUGUACCAUUCUCAUUGGCACCUAAGGAUUUACUACUGACAAGUAUAAGAACAACCCAAGUUCAAGAUACCUGUAAAGUUGAACUAUUCCCCAAAACCCAUCCACAAUGCAGCAGCGUGUCCCUUUCCUCGCCACUUUGCUGGUCUUGGUACCAGUCGUUUCUGCAGUGGUUACUCUCCGUCCAGUAUCCACUAUCUACUUACCAUACAGCUAUAAUGAAGGUGAGGGUUUGUAUGGCAUCGAUGAAGGCGCCUCAGAACAGACUGGCUAUGAUUCGACCAACAAAAUUGCCUAUUCUGGAGGUAAUAAUUAUAUACACAUCACUGAUUGGUCAGAUGUGACCAUACCCACCAUUCUCGAUCGAAUGACCAUCGACUUUACAUGCAAUGACAUCGAGACCUGCGGGGACUUUGUCGGGUUUGUCCUGGAAGGCCCUACGAAAGUAGAUACUGGAACUCUGCAAAUUUACAGUCUUUAUGAUAAAGCUGCUGGGAACUGGUCUAAACUGCAUGAAAUACCGAUCGGCAGUAAACCCGACAUGCUACAUUUCUCGCACGAUUGUCUCACCAUCUUGGUUGCUAAUAAGGGAAUAGCGAAAGAAAAUGCUGACAUGACAGAAUUGAUCAAUCCGGAAGGAACGAUCUCCAUCAUUCGACUAUCUUCAGACGGCUCCUCCUACAACUCGACUUUACGCAACUUUACUGAGUUCAAUGAUAGAGCCGAUGACUAUGUGGCGAGAGGAGUUCGUUAUUCUUACCGCGGGCAGCUGGACGGUGUUAAUCAUACAUUCUCACAAAAUCUAGAGCCUGAAUACAUCACCUAUAACUAUGAUGAUACCAAAGCCUUCGUUGCCUUGCUGAAAAACAAUGCAAUCACUGUUAUAGAUUUGACUACUGAUGAAGUAGAAGAUAUCUAUCCGCUCGGUGAAAAAAGCUGGAAUAACCUCGACCUUGAUGCUAGCGACAAAGAUGACGGAAUAGUUUUCCGACGAAGCAACAUCUUCAGUUUCUAUCAGCCCGACGGCAUCAAGUAUUUUGAAGUGGAUGGAGUCGGUUAUAUAAUCACAACCAAUGAGGGCGGGAGUCUUGAUUAUGAACUCGGCGAGGAAGAGUGGGGUGAAGCCCAAAGAGGAAACGAUUUUACUACGGGAGAUUUUUCCUCUGCAUUUAACACUGAGCUGAUAGCGAACGUGAGUGACAAUGAUAUUCUUGGACGUCUUAUGUUCAGCAAAGUCGACGGUUUGGAUGCCACGGGAAAACUCGAGAAGCUUUAUUUCUUCGGUGCUCGAGGGUUUUCCAUCUUCAAGGCCUCCGACAUCACACUCGUCUAUGACAGUGGCGACGAGGUGGAGAAGAUGAUUGCCAAGUUUUAUCCUGACGUGUUCAACAGCGACACCAAGCCAGACGAUGCCGAAGUCGACAAACCAGACGAUUUCUUUGACAAACGCUCCGAUAACCAGGGUCCCGAGUGUGAAUCGGUGGAGAUCGGCGAACUCGAUGAACGUCGCAUCAUUUUCGUCGGUGUUGAUCGUACAGCGGUCAUCCUCAUCUACUCUCUCGAAUCUGGCGAGGUCGUACCGACGUUCGAAAGCGUGUACCGUGCUGGCGGUCGUAAUGAUACGUUCCAGAAUCUUCUGGACAAUCGUAACCUGGGUGACCUUGAUCCCGAAGAUCUAAAAUUCAUCCCUGCAUCUAUGAGUGUGACAGGAGUACCCAUGUUGAUGGUUACGGGUACAGUCAGUGGGACUAUAUCUCUCUACGAAGUUUAUGACGACUCAUUCCCUACAGACGGAAUGACAACUGAACCAACGACCACAGGAGGGGGUGACGCCAUUGUGCUGUUUUCGCCAAUCGUCUGCUGCAUCUCUCUGCUGUUCCAAGUUUUACUUCAAUAAAAUUUAACUUAGACACCGAAUAUUAGUGGCGUAGCCUAACGGGCACGAGCCCCCUCCCUUAUCAUAUAUUCAACGAGAGAAAUGAAAAAGAAGAAGGGAAAGGAAUGUGAAAAGAAUACUUUUAAAUCAUUCCGCAACUUUUCCUUUACAAGUUAAUUCAUUUUGUGUAGAACCUAAGAAUGUUGUUCAUCUCUUUCGUCAUAUUGGUAUAAUGUAAAUGUAAUGAAAAUCCGUGGACCUUUCAAAGUCAUCAAACAAUGUCCGACAAUUUUAACAACACCAAAUUUCAAGUUAAUAUUGCUAUUUUCAAUUAAUAAGGAUGUGAUGUUU